AUGAUAGCGAAGCAAGUCAAGGACAGCGCCAGCUCAAAGAGUCAGCACAAAUCAACAGGCUAUUCAGAACAUUCCUCUGUCGUCUUCCCUUCCGCAGGCGGACAUUUCCACGUGCAGCUUACUCAGCCAUCACAUGGGUACAUCCUAUCCCAGCGCUUGGCAAAACUCACUCACAAUUGGCCAGCCUUACCGAUAAUUAUGUUCUCGACAUUAAUCCGUCGGACUGCUGUAUCUGCCUCUUCAUCUUCAUCUGCCGGUCCGGCCACCAAAAUCACAGAAGUUAAAUAUCCUUACUUUGUGACCCGUCAGUCUACCAGUGGACGCCUGCCUGUAUAUAAUGAAUUUCGUGCUGGGACCAAAGCAACUACACUCAUUCGAAAUGUCGAUGGGAACGCUGGGGCGCUCCGAGACGAUUUAUUAAAUUCACUCUUUCCGCUGAUCAAACGAAAGCCAAAUAUUGUAGUCCGACAUGGGAAGCAUGUGGAAAUUCAAGGUUCAUGGCGCAACGUUGUCGCCGACUGGCUUGUCACUCGGGGGUUUUAG